AUGGACAUACCUAAAAUUGCAAAACAGGGGAGAAGUAAAACAGACGAGGCGAAGGAAACGGGCAAAGACAAGGCACAGAAAACAGGAAAGAGACCAGUGGGCUUUCCAGGUUCACAGCAUGAACUGCUCAAGAAGGAAAGGAUGGAAGAGCAGGAGUGCAAGGGGGAGGGGUGGGAUGAGAAGUGGCAAGAAAUCCAAAGGGAAAACGGUGAUGCGGCGCGGACGAGAUCACAACGGUUCUGUAAUUCCGCCAUCGACCCGAAGCUCUCAUUACAACAUCCGUUCCAAGACCUGUUCCGCCGUAUCAAAAAAGAACGGGGCCGGGAGGGGAAAGAAGGUGAGCAUCGGCGCCACAACCGCUCCCCGGGACACGGCGGCAUGCCCGGCCGGGUGUGA